AUGAAUUACCUAAGGAAACCUGACGACCCGCCGUCGUACGAGUCCGCCAGCGAUAAUGAGCAAGAGAAGGAAGUUGCAUCUGAGCAGGACGUGGACACGUUAGUCACCGCCUUUAUCCAUGCUCAUGAACACCCUACCACCAGCUUCUCGAGAUGGCGAAUCUCAGCGGCGAAGCUGUCUUAUCCGGUGGUCAUUCCUCAACGCCGACCCGGGAGCAAGCAGCGUGGCUUCGUCGAGGCGUACGCACCUGCGCUGCAGAAGUAUGGUAUCGACCAAGACACCUUCUUGGAAUUUGUCCGGGCCAUGAACAAGGCCAUUCAACACAAUGCAUGGCUCGCAGCGAUCCAACUAGCCGCGGCUGGCGCUUCGUUUGUCCCGAAUGGCAUUGCCAUGGGUGUCUCUCUGGGCGUUCAGGUUGUCGCAGGUCUGAUUGCGCAGGCAGAGGCGAAGUGGAGGACCAAUUCGUUCUUGGAUCGAAUGAACACUGAAUUUUUCCAGCCUCGGGGCUUAUUCUGCCUGCUGAUGUCCUACAAUCCAAUCGCAAUGGGGCCGAAAAAAACAGGCGACGAUGCCAAUGGUCUGUCUAAGGCGCUCUUAUCGUCGUCGCCCACGUCCAAGCAGACGUUGGGCGCCCGGGCAAAGAAGAACCUUCGAAACCCAGUCGCCGCUACGGCAGAAGGAGAAGACAACCUGCCCGCUUGCACGGCUCCCUUGGUCUAUCCGGAGACCGCUGCCACAGGGACGGCGGAUUCGCCGGGAGAGCCGAAGCCGAAGCAAAAGCUGGGUGAUCGGGUGAACAAGUAUUUUGACCAACGAGCUCAGGCGCGAUACGCAAAAGAAAGCAAGGGGGACAUCCUUUCGAACCCGGAGCCUGUCCAAUUCAAGAACAAGUAUUUGGACCCGAACUCUGCCGCGAGUACCGGCGGUCUCCUGGGUCUGGUCUCCGGAGGACGCCUAACUCGCGACCCGGAGAAGUUCAAGCAGAGCACGCAAGCCGCCAUGGCAUCCCAGGAGCAAGCCAUCCGAGAGCAACAGUCGGCCAUGAUGACCACGAUGCGACAGCAACUACAGGCCAUGAACCUCUCACCCAAGCAACAACAAGAGUACCUGAAGCAAUACGAAGAUAGUUAUAACCUCCAGUUGCAGCAGAUCCAACAGCAGUCAGACUUUAUCGAAAAGGGCCAAUGGCAGCGUCGUAUUGUCCGUAACAUUCUGUACCUGAUGAUUGUCGACAUGCCGUCUGACGCACAAAUGGCGGCUGCCCGCAGCCAGUUGAACUCUGGGGGUGAAGUGCAACCGACGGAUGACGUGAAAUUCACGACCGUGAAGGUAUAG